AUGACGAUGGCUCGUGCUAGUGCAUCUGCAAGCCUUUUAGACGGGAAGAUAUACGUGUUUGGAGGGUGUGUAGAGUACGCUGAUUCCUCAAACUGGGCAGAGGUAUUCGAUCUAAAGACACAAACUUGGGGUCACUGGUAUAUCCCCAAGAUGCGUUAUGAUAUUCAUCAGAGUGUGGUGGUUGAAGAGGAGAAGACGGUUUACGCGGUGGAUGUGGAACGUCGAACCCUUCGACUUUGUGCCAACAACUCUGCUGGGAACAUUGUCAUCUUCUGGAAUGCACAUCGUGAAGAUCCUGAGGCUUUAGAGCUUUCCAUGGAGAAACGCCAGGGAGGCGAGAUUUGGGCAAAGAUUGAAUGGUCACGUCCUCUCUACAAACUUGAUCUUCACUCACACCCUAACCAACAUGGCGGCCUUAAGGUCUUAUAUUCUGCUUCUGUCCUUGUCUGA